UGUAUGUGUGUCGGAGUUCACCUGUUUUCAGGUGGAAUGUAGUUUGACCAGGUGUUGUUUUGGAUUAACGAGUGUCCCUGUUAACUGGUGACGAUCAGCCGAGUGUGUCGAGUCAUGACGGCAGCUGUCGGUGUCUCGUAAAGGCCUUAAUUUAACUUUAAUUAAACGUUCAGGUAGAUUCAUCUGAAAACUCUGUAAAUGAAAAGGUGUCAACAGAGGAAGUUUUCACCUUUCUUAAAGUUACUUUUGAUUUCAAGAUUCACUUUUCUCCCCAGCAGUUUCAGUUUUUCAUGUCUGUGUGGAAAGAAGUACUGAGAUACUUUACUGCAGUAAAAGUACCAAUACAGCAAUAUACAAAUACUCCAUUACAAGUAAAAGUCCUGCAUGAAGAAUCCUACUACAGUAAAAGUAGUAGAAAGAAGCUAACGGCGGCGUUCACCUGUGCUCUGGUCGGCAGUAUGAUGAUGGCGGAGGCGGCGACCUCAGAUCUGUUCUCAGAGCAGGAGCUCACCUGCUCCAUCUGUCUGGACCUGUUCAGUGAACCUGUCUCAACCCCCUGCGGACACAACUUCUGCCAGGCGUGUAUUGGAGGUUACUGGGCGUCCAGCCCGGUCUGCACCUGUCCGCUGUGUAAGCGUCAGUUUGAUGAGCGACCUCGGCUCAGCGUCAACAGAGUCUUCUCCCUCAUCGCAGACAAAUACAAAGUAGCCCGUUAUGGCGCUGCCGGGUUACCGGUGCCGGUCGGGAAUGGGAUGCCGACGGGCGCCAUGGUGACGGACAAGGAGGGAAGCAGCACCAACCCGUUCCUGACGGGGGCAGCGUCAGGUGAGGAGGUGGUGUGGUGUGAUGUGUGUACAGGUGUCAAACAGCCGGCCAUCAGCUCCUGUCUCACCUGCACUGCCUCAUACUGCGCCGAGCAUGUGCGGCCGCAUCACAGCACGCCAUUCUACGCCAAACACCCUCUGAUGGACCCUCAGGAGGCCCUCAGGGGCCGCACCUGCGCCAUACACCACCGCCUGCUGGAGGUGUACUGUCGAACAUGUCAGCGCUGUAUCUGCGCCAUCUGUGUCCUGGAGGAACAUCGAACUCACAAGACUGUGUCCGUCCAGACCGAGAGACAAGGGAAACAGAAACAGGUAGCGAGGACGGAGCAGGAGAUCCUGAACCGCAUCAAGGAGAAAGAGAUUCAUGUGACGGAGCUAAAGAGGAAACUGCAGGGAGUCAAGAACUACGCAGAUGGGGAACGAGGCGAGGUCGAACACCUGCUGGACGAGCUGUCGAGCUCGCUGGACAGGAUCCGCUCUCAGGUGGUGGGUGGGAUCGAGAACCAGCUGGACGCCGUGAUGUCGAAGGGGGAGGGGCUGGUGAGCCGUCUGGAGGUGGAGUUAAGCCAGCUGAUGGACAGGAGGGCCACGCUGGAGGUCCAGGCCAUCAGUCAGGAUCACAUCGGCUUCCUGCAGAGUUUCGAGGAGGCCACAGCUCCUCUGGCUGAAGAUCAGCAGGACGAGGUGGAUGAGGACUCGAGUUUCUCGCUCCACUUCCAGCUGGGGGACGUGAAGAGCGCUCUGACCGAGGUGAAGGAGAAGAUGGACGACAUCAGGAUGGGAGAGGUCCGCUCCAGAGGCUCCAGAAGCUCCAGAGGAUCCUUCUCGUCCGGCGAGGUGAUGCUGGCUGCUGAGAGCAUGCUCAGUCUGAGAGCAAGCAACGCCAAUUUGAGGAAGAGCCAUUGGUCUCUGAGAGAUCUGAAGAAGCACAAACCGGUCUCAGGACACAAGAAAGCUCGAGUCUACAUGGAGGAUGUGACAUUGAACCCAGUGACGGCGUAUCCGUUCCUGAUCCUCUCUGAGGACAGGAAGCAGGUGAAGCGAGGAGAGAAGCUGCAGUUCUACAGAAACAGUCAGCAUCGAUUCGACGUUUGGUCCUGCGUCAUCGCCAAAGAGGGAUUCAGCUCAGGACGCCACUACUGGGAGGUGUGUGUUGGGGAGAAUAAAGACUGGAAGCUGGGUGUGGUCCGGGAGUCGGCUCAGAAGAAAGGUCUGUUCGACAUGAGUCCCUCUAACGGAUACUACGCCAUCUGGUGGAGCGGCAGCCAGCUGCGAGCGCUCACCUCUCCACCGCUCACCAAGGUGAAACAUCCCCCGAAGCUGCGUCAGGUGGGCGUGUUCCUGGACAUGGACGAGGGUCAGGUGUCGUUUUAUAAUGUGAAGUCGGGCUCAGAGAUCUACAGCUUCACCGGAUCCUCUGAGUUCACCGAGAGGAUGUUCCCCCUGUUGGGCACCGGGGACAAAGAGGUGCCGCUGGUCCUCAUGACCUCACAGCAUCACCUGGCCUGAGGGGCGGGGCAAAGACUGAGGGGCUCACCUGAGGGAAGAGGGGGAGCACUGGGACAUGUUAGAGGACGUUAAUGAUCUGUGUUGACGUGAUGUUCACACAUUUAACACAAGUGGAAACAUACAGCAGCCACCGUGAUGAAAAAAUAUGUCCUCAGUUUGUUGAUAUACAAAAAUCAAUUAACAAAAUGAUUUUCGCGUUAAAACAAGAUAUUUUUCUUGUCAUGUCAACACAUCCUGUCAUAACGAAUGAUGUCUUCUUUUAAUGAGAUUUGUGGAUUUUUUUGUUACAAAGGUUUUGUGACAUAAAAUAAAUUGAUAUGGUGUUAUAACAUGAAAAGUUUCUUGUCAAAACAUUUGUAAAUAUGAUAAUGAAAAAUAUAUAUAUAACAUGAAAAAUAUCAAGUUGUAACAUGAGAAGCAUUUGUUAAAAAAAGAAUAUUUUUCUGUUAUAACAAGAAAUUUUUAAUGAUUGAAACCUUUAUUCAAAAAAGUGAGAAAAGUAAAAGUUUCAUGUAUUACAUAAUAAAUCACAAAACUGCCACCAAAAGUUAAAAACAACAAAAAGGAGCAGAUGAUAACAAGAAUAAAGAUAUUAAUUAAAACAAAACAUACUUUUUUAUUCUGUCGUUAUAGAAGCGAUACACUGCAGGUUUGUUCUGGUAAAUGUUAGCAUUAGCAUUAGCAUGUUCACACUAAACUACAGACCAGAUGUACACCUGUCUCUGGACUCUGUGAUGUCACUCACAGGUUCAUAAGAUGGAUGUUUUGAAGUCUGAACUUUUUUUUUGAGAUUUUUUGGAGGCAGCAACCAACGUGGCUGAAUGUUACCAACCUGUCAAUCAAGCAAAUGUGCCUCUAAAUACAUCUCUUCACCAACACUGAACUUAUGUAAAAAAAAAAAAUGUACUGACUUUGUUUACAUUUGUAGAGAGAAGUUGGCUUUGGUAUGGAAGCCCAUUACUGCUGUGAAAAAAAGAUGAAAUGUUAGGAAUGAUGAAAAAAAAAGAUAAUACUUUAAGUCAAAACAUGAAUUUACUAAGUCAAAAAUGAUAUAUUACUUCAAAGUUAAGGUCUCAAGUAAAAAUCAUGAGAGACUCCAUUUAGAUUAGUCAUAUUUAUGACAUUAAGUAAAACAAUCACAUAGUAUGAUGUACUUUUGAUGGUUUUGCCUUAAUAUAUCAAUUCAUCUCAAAGCCCAAAUUAUGGCUGUCUAUGUCAAAAUUAUGAGACAACUCAAAUUUGAGAUAUUAAGUGAAAUGUAUGACAUGAGUCAAUAUUUUGAGAUAGUAUCUCAUAAAAUAAAGCCAUAAUAAGUCAAAAUCAUGACAUAUUAAGAAAGAGAUGGUAUAAUGUACGGUCUUAUUGUUUUGACUUUCUAUACAAAAUUUAUCUUAAAGCCCAAAUUCUCACUUUUUAAGUCCAAAUUUUGAGAUAGUAAAACAAAAUCAUGACAUCAUAAUUAAAAAUGUGCACUUCCUAAGUCACAAAUAGGGGACACAAAGUCAAACAUUUGAUUUAAAUUUAUGAGUUAGUUUGUAAAAUUUGUAGUUAAAAUGUUGAUUUGCUGUCUCGUAACUAUGGUUUAUAAAAGUUAUUUUCUUCUUCUUCUAGCACAAAUAGGCUUCCAUACAAAGACGAAGAUAUUUGAUGGUUAAAACAAAAGAGAGACUCGGCUGCACAUCUGAAGUUGAAUUGUAGGAUAAUAAAUAUUGAACAUGAAGUCCAGCUGAUUGUCAGCUUCAUCUUUCUGCUCGUUCUGGAUCCAGAUGUUGUUUUACUGUCCGCCUGUUGUUGCUGCAGCAGUUUGUGACUCGACUUUAAUUAUUAUCUUUUAUUAAUUUAAUGACUGACUCCUAAUUUUUGACCUGUUUUUUUUAUAAUGGUCAACUUUUCAUUAAUUGCAAGUUGAGUAUUUGUUAAUUGAUGUUCAGCUUUUUGUGAUUAGAUAUGGACGUUUAUUAAUUGAUGGUUGAAUUGUUAUUUGAAGAGUUUUAAUCAUUAGAUGUGAUGAUUUAUUGCUGCAGUCUGACUCAGAAAAAGCUUCCAUAUGGAAGACAGUAAACUGAAUAUUCUGGGUUUUGGACUGUUUGUCGCACAAAACCAGCAAACUGAAGACUUCCUGGUCUUUAGAAAGUUGUGAUUUUAUAGACAAAAUGUUUAAUCAAUCAGCAGAUCAAUCGGUAAUGACAUGGAUCAUUAGCUGCAGCCUUGGUUUUGUUAAAGGACUAACUCGGUUUAGAUUAAACAAAGGAGAUAUUGAGGUUUUUUUUAUUGAUCAGCUAAAUGAACUCUCCUCCUUUCAGAAAGUGAACAAGUAUAUUUCCUAUAAUGUGAAACUAUUCCUUUAAGAGUUUAGAUAUUUUACAUAAAGAUCUGCAGCAUGAGAAGAAAAUGUAAGAUGAAAAUAACAAUAACUAAUAUAACUAAUAACUAAUCCUGUUGAGUUUAAAUAAAGUCUGAAAAGAAGCAG